AUGACUAGCCGAUAUGUGGUAAGCUAUUAUCCAAUAUCGGAGUUAACCAUCUACUAUGUGUAUAAGAGAGACAGUUCCAACUUCAAAGUUUAUUUUCAGAUCAAGAGCUUCCCAUAUCAUUCGAAGAAGACUGCUUCAUAA